AUGAAAGCAUUCACCUCAAAAACCCAUAGUGCUAUUAUUUAUGAUAAAAAAUGUGGACAUUCAGGUCGUACUAUUGCUAAAAAUUUAGGGUGUAACAUCUUGUUUAAAAACCCUAUUUCUGCAUUUACUAUACGUCGUACCCUUAAAAAAGUUGGACUUAGUGCUCGUAUUCCUCAUCACAAACUUGCAAUGACAGAAGCAUAUUGUCAAAUUCGUCUUGAAUGGGCUCGCGUACAUGAAAAAUGGAUAACAAGACAAUAG